UAAAAUAAGAUAAAAUAAAAUAAAAUAAAAUAAAAUAAAAUAAAAUAAAAUAAAAUAAAAUAACAUAAAAUAAAAUAAAAUAAAAUAAAAUAAAAUAAAAUAAAAUAAAAUAAAAUAAAAUAAAAUAAAAUAUCGUCUAAUAUGUAAACGGCAGUCAUUAUUUUUUCACCAUUCUCCUGAAAAAAACUGUGAAAACACAAAAAUAUAAAGAACAAAUUCAAGUGAAUUCAAACAUGUGAAUAGAAUGUCCGGAAAACAAUGUCGUUUAUUCGUUAAGGAAAACAAAGUAAAGUAAACAGCGAACAUUGCGAGGGACAACGUUCGAAACUCGUUUUCUUCCAGAAUGAAAUAAUCGGAAAUAAGUGACGAUACAAGAUCAGUGAGAUACCUUCCUCCCUUAUCGACUGAAGAACGUAAAGCUUCGAAAGCCAUUAGAAAAAGAACGCAACGAUUCAAACGUAGUCUCGCACAGUCUCGUGGCUGUGUGUGCUUCAAGGAUAACUAACGCGAGAACAUGAUAUUGAAAUUCCAACAGAAGGUAGACAACAAAGAAUAUUAUACGAGGCAUUUCUAUAAACUGUACAAAUUAAAUACGAGAUUAUAGUGAAACGAGUCAAUUCCGUAUAGUCUGCUAAAUCUAUACUAAUCUGUAAUACCAACGACUAGCACUCGUGUGAUCUCAACAACAGCUUGAGUGUUCUAUCGAGUAGAGGGCGCCAAGUCAUUCUCUACUGUUCUCUUUACCUACCUAUCUACAUACUGAAAUAUACACCUACUACGAAAACAUUUCUCAUCUUUUACUGUAAAUUUCACUGUAAAUUUCACUGUAAAUUUCACUGUAAAUUUCACUGUAAAUUUCACUCUUAAUUUUACUGUCAAUCAAAUGUUCAGCAGUCUCGAUAAAAGCUUAGUAACUCGGGGUCUCUUUGUAACCUGUUGUUCUACAAAUUCUAUACAUCAUUCUAUAACAUAAUGCAACGAGUUCUGAAUCGUCUGCAGAAGCUCGUGUGCGUGCAAUUAUUUAUAACAUAAAACUGAUAAGAGGAAUCUCGACCUACCAUUGGGACGCUUCAAGUAACGAUUAUUUCUAUGCAACAUACGAUAUCAAUCGAACGAAAUUGUACAAGCAAUUUGACAUUAUUCGAAAUAAAUAUUUCAACAGCAAUUCGUGCCAUUUCUUUUUCUUGUACUUUUUAAACUUUGCGACGAAUGCCAAUUAUCUGUUGAGGCGAAAAAAGUGUUGUUAUGCCAAUGAUAACUCGUGCGUGUGCUCAGAGAAUCUAAUGGGCAACGUUAUAGAUAUGUAGUUUCUGUCGGUGAAAUUUCUGUACAUGAUGUACGCGAUGUAUGUGAUUUGAAGUAAACAAGACGCGCAGCAAUCGAUAUUUCACUUUUUCAGUUCGCACUGAACAAAAUAGAUGCAUUGUAAGAAGACCGUUAAAGAAUCUGUACGAUUUCCAAUCAAUAUUUACACGAACACGUAUAGUUGUCUCGUUUCAACUGAGUUACAACAAAUUCCAUGUACGAUGGUUUUAUGAGACACCCGUGUUAGGUUAUGCAAAGCUGUCACAAUAUUUAUAUUUCUCUCGAAAUCACUAACAAUUCGUACUUGAAGUAUCUGCGAUCGAAGUAGACGCACAAUGGAACUUAGCGACUUAAUAUUGAUUCCAAAACUUAAUAAUGUUGUACUAAUAGAUAAAACCGAUGGAAAUAAUAAAUCCAUAGAUGGAACAUUGUGCAUUAGUAGCCAUCAUCUUCUUUGGUCGUCGCGACAAGACUCGCGGCAAGAACUCUGGCUUUUGUAUCGAAACAUUGAUCUUAUAGAGAAAAAAUUCAAUACUCAAAGCCCGGGUGGUAGUAUUAUAUUAAAGUGCAAAGAUUUCCGGAUUCUCCAAUUAGAUAUCAAUUCGGUGGAUGACUUGACGAAUGCUGCUCUAUCUAUAGAAAAAUUAACGUCGCAAGAGCAAACUCUACAAUAUCCUUUCUUCAACAGACCGCAAACGAUCAGUAAUAUUACUCUACAAAUAGAGGAUGGAUGGAGCGCAUUUGCUCCUGUUUCCGAGUGGUCUAAAUUGUUGACCGCUCAUGCGGACGAAUGGCGUAUUAGUUAUUUAAAUAAAGAAUAUAAAAUUUGCAAUUCUUAUCCUUCCGCUGUUAUAGUACCUCGUCACAUAGAAGAUAAAGUUAUAAUAUCUUCUGCUAAUUUUAGAGAUGGCGGAAGAUUUCCUGUUCUAUGUUAUAGGCACGACGGCGGGAGUGUUUUAUUAAGAAGUAGUCAACCGAUGUGCGGUACUACAGGCAAAAGAUGCAAAGAGGAUGAAAGAUUAUUAAAUGCAGUGUUAGGUCCAGGCAGACGUGGUUACAUAGUAGAUACAAGAUCCGUUAGCCAAGCUCAAAGUUGUAGAAUCAAAGGUGGUGGCACAGAAAUGGAUGCUGCUUAUCCGCAAUGGCGAAAAGUGCAUAAAGCAAUUCCACGUCCAAACGAUUUAGCGGAUAGUUUUUUCAAAUUGAUAGAAGCUUGUAACGACGUGACAUGUUCUACUUCCCAAUGGCUCUCAAGACUCGAUAAUAGUGGAUGGCUGUCUGCCGUGCAGAGCGCUUUAAAUGCUGCUUGUGUAACUGCUCAGUGUCUUCAUCAAGAAAUUGCAGCUGUAUUGGUUCACGGAAGUGCUGGUAGAGAUUCUACUUUAGUAGUAACUAGCUUAGCUCAAGCAAUAUUAAAUCCGGACUGCAGAACAAUACGCGGUCUUCAGGCUUUAAUUGAACGCGAAUGGAUACAAGCCGGCCAUCAAUUUUUCAAUCGUACACGUCACGGACCAUACCAUCCGGCAAAUUCACAAAAUUCAACACAUGCUCCAACUUUUCUUCUUUUUUUAGAUUGCCUUUAUCAACUACAUUAUCAAUUCCAAUUUAGCUUCGAGUAUACGGUAGAAUUAUUAAGUGAAUUGUAUAAUCACGCAUAUUGCUCUAACUUUGGAACAUUCCUAGGUAAUUCAGAAGCAGAAAGAGUUGGUCUUCGAUUAUCAGAACGAACAUGUAGUUUGUGGUCGUAUAUAAAUCAACCGGAAGAAUUAGAGAAAUGGUUAAAUCCUUUAUACGAGCCAAAUUCAGGAGUUAUCUGGCCCAGUGUUGCACCAAUUAGUAUUCAAUUAUGGAAAGAACUUUAUCUUUCUUGUACAAGUGUUGCUCCGUGGAAAGGUUUACUACCUUGCAUAAAACAAGUAAAACAUAAUCACAUGGCAGUAAAAAAAGUUGCUGGUCAACUACGAGUUCAGAUCAAACGAGCAAUAGAAGAAAUACAUUUAGAUACUGAUACAUCUCGUGAAAUAGAAACUCAAGAUGAACACGCUUGUAUAGAACAGUUAACUUUAGAAUCUCAAAGUACCUGAUACAUAGAUCAUAUAUGUUAAAAGAAGGUAUUUUUAGGUAACAUUUAUGUUGCGAACUGCAUCAUCGAUCUGCUUUUAUUUACGAUACAGAAUCGUUAUACUAAAGUUGAUGUUUUCAACAAUGUAUUACAUAUUUAAACACUUUCAUUUGCAUCUUACAUCUUUUGAAAUUCUAUAAAUUAAACAUCAUUUUUCUGAUGAUAUUCUGUAAAUACGAAUACAUGAAUAUAAAUAUAAAUACGAAUACAUGAAUAUAAAUAUAAAUAUAAAUAUAAAUAUAAAUAUAAAUAUAAAUAUAAAUAUAAAUAUAAAUAUAAAUAUAAAUAUAAAUAUAAAUAUAAAUAUAAAUAAUAAAUAUAAAUAUAAAUAUAAAUAUAAAUAUAAAUAUAAAUAUAAAUGUAAAUAUACAUCUACACUCUUAUACGGCAUAUCCUAUAAUGCACAAUUUAUACAAUACGAGGAGAAAAAAUGAACGCUUGUACUACAUUAAUCACUUGUGCAUUGAUAUACUUUAUUCAUCCGUUUGUAUGUGUAUGUAUUUCGUUUAUUUCGUACAAAACGUUCAAAAAGAAUAGUAUAAUCUGACUUGUUCCAUUUGAAAAGUGUUACACAAGUUUAAUAAUAAUGAAACAUUUUGCAUAAAGACAAAAGAGAUACACAGAAGUAGAAUACUAAAAAUAUACAAGUAAAGUCAUUUGCAUUCAAUAUCUAUUUUGCAAAAGGGUUAACUGUAUAGCUGAAUAUUUUCUUUAAAGUUGAAAGCAAUAACUUUUAAAAGUAAAAAUAAUGUUUUAUCGUUAUUUAAGAAAGAAACAGGAACAUGAGAAAGGUUACUAAUCGAAUUGCUAUCGUCGACGAAAGGUAAAAGAUAGCUAGUACGAAAACCAGCAUUUAUUCAGAGAGUAGAUUUAAUCAAAACAUUGAAACGAAUCGCACGGUUACUGGCUAAACAGUAACUGUUUCCAGUGUUUUCCUUUAUAGAGUACAUAUUGCUAAUAACUGACAUAGAAUAUCAUCUAUUCUAAUGAAAUAGAAUCGACUGAUCAUUGUUUUAUAUAUUCGCAUAUAACGAAGUGUUGAAACUUAUACAAAGUAUGAAUAUAUUAAAAUAAAUUUGAUGUGAUCGAUUACUGUCUUGUAAGUAAAGUUUGUAGUAAAAUGAAAGAAAGUUAAAACUUUGUUAUCC